AUGCACAUUGCUGAACUUGCAAGGGAUAUUUUGCUGAAAGAUGAAGCAAAGAAUCAGCAACUGUCUGAGCUGAGUGAAAAAAAUCUUCAGCAGUCAGCGGAUAUUGUUAGGCUGGAAGAAGUCUUAGCAACUAAUAAUAACUACAUUUCUGCGAUGGAGGAUGAACUAAGAAAGCUGCGGAGAGAGAUGGCUACUUUGAUGGAUAAGAAAACGACUGAUUUUGAUGAGUACGAACAGGAAAUCUCGUCUUUGCGGGAACAGAUGACCGAAAAGAACACCAAUUUGAAUGAAAUGAUGCAAGAAGCGCAGCAGUUAAAGAAGAAGUUAGCGAUGAAAGAACAGGAGUUGCAGGAAGCACUGAGGAAGACUGAGCGAACACAAGAUACUAAUAGUGAGAAAUGUAAUGAUAAAGUGCUGGAACUGAAAGCAGAACGAAACAACUUGCUGAAUGAAAAUUCACAGCUGCGAAAUCAAGUGGCUCGAAUCAGUAAGGAUUUGACCAACGAGCGUGCUCACGUAGAGGAGCUGACGGCGAUUUGUAAU